GUCCGGGUGCGGUACCCCGCAGGGGAGGACGCGGCGGCGGGGGGAAGGCGCGACCAUGUGCGCGGAGCUCCGCGGCAAGCUGCUGGCCCUGGCCCUGGCCCUGCUGCUCGCCAGCGCCCGGGCGGCGGCGGGCACUGAGGCCACGCACCCGCCGGAGGGGCCGCAGGACAGGACCCCGCAGCAGAAGGGGCGCCUGUCCCUGCAGAACACAGCUGAAAUCCAGCACUGCCUGGUUAACGCUGGUGAUGUGGGAUGUGGAGUGUUUGAAUGCUUUGAAAACAAUUCUUGUGAGAUCCGAGGCUUACACGAGAUCUGCAUGACAUUCCUGCACAACGCUGGAAAAUUUGAUGCCCAGGGAAAAUCCUUCAUUAAAGACGCUCUGAAGUGUAAGGCUCAUGCCUUGAGGCAUAAAUUCAGCUGCAUCAGCCGUAAGUGCCCUGCCAUUAAAGAGAUGGUGUUCCAGUUACAGCGGGAGUGCUACCUGAAGCAUGACCUCUGCUCCGCUGCCAAGGAGAACGUCCAGGUCAUUGUGGAGAUGAUUCACUUCAAAGACCUGCUGCAGCAUGAACCAUAUGUUGACCUAGUGAAUAUCCUGCUCACCUGUGGCGAGGAGGUGAAAAAGGCAAUAACAAGAAGUGUCCACGCCCAGUGUGAACAGAACUGGGGAAGUCUCUGCUCCAUCCUGAGCUUCUGCACCUCGGCUGUGCAUGGUGACACCAACCUGGGUCCUGAGAAGAAGCCAGGUGAUGCCAGCAAAGGUGCUGCUGGCCGGGGGGACAUCUUAGCCCACUCCGACUCUGACCACAGGGAAAGUUCACGAGCAUCCAAGGGGGAGAGAGGUACUAAGGGGCACCUGAAUGCCCAUGCCCGGGUGAAAUCUGGGGGCCAUGGUCCCAAAGGGGCACAUGGGAUCAUGGACCGGGCAGAUGAACUGUCCGACUUCUCUGACAUCCGGAGGUGAAAAAAGGCACCAAGUCCCUGUUUUCCCCCAUCCUCCCCCUUCCACUGGAAACCUCCUCCUUUAAGUCCCAUCCUCCUGUCUAUGGACAUUCCAAAGCAUUUCCCAUUCAGAGAUCAAGCACAGGGCAUUGCAAGAUAUAUAUGGACCUCAGCAACAGUGUACAUAGUAUCAAAAGGAGAGCUGUGGAAAUGGGUUAUUGAUCCUGCAAACUCGACACUUGAGCAGCCACCAAAAGUGGCAAAAUGUCUCCAACUAAAUUCUUUUCCCCUCUUUUAUGAAACAAACUUCAGCUGAAAUUUAGGAUCUUGUUUGGGGUUGUUGGGUUGUUUUGGGGUUUUGUUUUUGUUGUUUUGUUUUUUUUUCUUGGUCCCCUUGGCUGGGGAGAACAUUCCAAGAGGGCUCUGCCAGAUUGCAUGUGGCUGCUUGUGGCUUAGCACCUCUGAAGGUUUAGGGUGCAGCCUUACAGCAGAUGGCUGAAUUCCUGGGGGAUUUGGUUUCUGCCUGUUGCUGAGAAUGAAAGAGCUCAAGGCUCCCUAUAUGUUUCUCUAAUGAAACAACUACCCAUCUCUUGCACAGGAACCAUGUGGUCUGAGCUCCACCACUUUCUCUUAACAAAUGUCUGAGCCGUUGUUCUCAUCUGGGUGAUGCUGCCCCAGUUUAAGUGCCCCCUAUUUGUUUUGUAACCACUGCAUAACUUGACACUUGCUAAUUCAGUCACUUCAGCCUAUCUGCAGUGAGUAGUCAGCUUCCUGACAAGGCACUGUGACUGCUAAGACUUGAACAACAUGGAGGACCUCUCCAGAGUAUGCUCAUGGACCUCUAAAAGCCCUGUGCAUAUUCUUUGCUUACACCUGCCCACUCAGAGAUACAGGUUCUCCACCCCUGGGACAGCCUUAAAGCUUGAAAAGAUGGGCAUAGGCUCAGACAAUGAAGGACCCCAUAUUCUUAGUUCUUCUGUAGGGCUGUAUUGAAAGGACCAGAAAUGUCUCUCCUAAGCAGUAGCAUGUAGUGGUUUGCUAGGAUGUGGAGCCCCACUCUAACCUACCCGCUGUGGUUUAUCCAAACGCCAAAGAUAAGGAGAGGAGGUUGCCUUGGGAUUUUUUCAUUAUCAUGCUGAUCAAGACCACCUAUCUCUGCAGAAUGAGUUACUAAAGAUGAAGAGUGUCAAGGUCUUAUUGUCUCUAAGCAGUUUUUAGUGUGAAUGAGGUGUUUGGACACACCUCUCCUACCCCCUAUGCAAUUGUAAUUCUCAGGUUGCAGAUCUGCAAUCCUAUAUAUCCCCAGAUACUGUACUGGAAAUGGAGGUUACAGCAUCCACAGGGACAGAAGUGUGAACUCUUCAGCUUCCUCUAGAGAAAAAAAAGUUUUUCUUAGUGGGAAUCAAACCAGGGAUAUGAGCCUUCUCAUUUAGAAAGUUUGGGAGGAAAGCUGUGGGGGCAGGAUGGCAGAGACAGAACGUACCCAGUGAACUAAGGGACGUCUUGUCGCAUGGUGGGAAGGAGCUGUAUAAACAGUAGAGGGUGUUGGAAUUUGGCUACAAUUUCCAACUCAGAUUUUAGUUACAGCUAAGUGAACACAGCUCCUAAUAGCUACAUUCAGGGUUUAAUGUAUGUAUCCACCCGCAGAAGUUAUAGGCAGUGCUUUUAAUAGAAGCCAUGUAGGAAGCAAGAGAGGACCUUUAAGUUGAAAGAGGUGUGUCUCUAUGUGAUCACCAGGUCUUCAAAGACAUCACCUUGAUCCUGCCUGAUUUUAGUUAAGUUUUGUAACAGAGUUUUCAUUUGACAUAAUCGGCAAGAGGUGGGGUUGGGCCAGGUACUGUAGUGGUGAAAACCUGAGGAGUGAAGCUCCUGGCAGUGAGAGUGCAGCUGCCCCUGGGGUUGUUGUACAGCCCUCCCAGAGAUGGGACACCCAGGCUGUCCCACAAAGGAACUUGCUGAGGUUGGUUUGGACCUGGCCCUGGUGACCAGCUCCUCGGCUCCAAAAACCCAAGUGGCUGCUGGUGAUACCCUGAGAAGGUUUCUAGCAUCCCUCCAUGGGUUUCCUGUGAGUGUCCUCUCCCCCUUGGUGGCAUAUGGCCACGACAAAGAACAAGCUCAAACCAAAAAAGACAAUCCAAGAGUUUCAGAAAAAAAAAAAAAAAACAAACAAAAAAACAAACGAAAAAAUUUUAAAAGCGCCACAAAACAGAAACAGCAACUUGCUACCAACAUAGUGUUCUUGCAUUGAACUAAAGAUCCCUCUCUAAUUAGAGAUCUGAUUCAUCAGUGGGAACCAAACAUAGAUCAACAUGAAUGUUUCAGUCAACAUACCACCUCAGCACACAUACAGUUUUAUUUGUAUUCACUCAUUCUGUGGGGAAAAUUGUAUAUUCCCCUUGCUUAGUCAAUGAAAAUUGGGGGGGGGGGGGGGGGGAGUGAAGAGGGAGGGACCCAAUGCUGUGGGUGGGAGGGAUUUUUGUAUAAGGCAUAACCUUUUUUUCCUCGGUGUGUGAAGAUUUCAUGUGUUCAUCUACUGAUUCCACAUAUGCUAUUAUUGUAAAUAUUUAACAUUUCUAUUUAUUAUAGUGUCUCCAUUUAAAAAAGAACACUGCUGGCUAUGAUAAUUUAAAUGUAUGUCAUGACCUGUGUUGUAUAUAUUCAUGCCACUAGUAUGGGUUUUUUUUAUGUUUAAAGCUGCGUAAAUAUAGUUUUAUACAGUUCCAUAAUGUUAUUGACAGCAUAAAUCAUUUAUUUAUUGUUAAACCCUCUUUCAUAUCUAACAAAUACGGUGCGUUUUACCUGAGAUUAUUUUAUUGUGGCAUCUACAUAGCCUUAAUUCUUUAUAAAAAUAAAAUAAUGUCCAUUUAGAUACUGUAUGAUGCUUUAAUUAACAUUCCUUAUGAACUUGCUGUUCAUGAAGGAGGUUAGCUUAAAAGCCAAGGUAUGAAUGUUUUCUUUAUGCUUUGCAUCCAGAGUGAGCCUUGUUCUGGAACGAAAAUACUGGGAGAAGCAAAAUGCCUACUGGAAAAAGAUAGCCGUAAAGCCUGGAAAAUGCUGUCCUAACUUAAAGUGCUGAAGUAAAAGGAAGGGAAAAAAAAAAGAAAAAAAAGAAAAAAAAGACAAGCUUUCCUUAAUUCUAAAUCUCUGGGAGAAAAACAUACUAGUUUUAUGUCAUGUAGAAUUUGCAGCCAAAUAAGCUUGUAAAAAAAGAAAAUGCAUAUGGCUUUAGACAAAGCUCUGUACCUUUCACACUGUUAUUUUCCUUAAACACUAAUAAAUGUUUUGAGUAA